AUGGAGAAGCAGAAACUAGGCGACAAUCUUGAACGCCGCGACCCCAAAAACCCUAGUAGUUCUUCUACUCACCCAUCCUCGUCGGAAAACCACACCGCAAUCCAAGAAAACCACCACCCUUUGCCGGAAAACCAUCGCAGCAUACCCAGCUCGCUCCGUCAAGACUUUUUCUGGCACGGUCAGUCGGGAAACCACCGCCUGCCGACACAACCCUCGCCGGAAAACCACCGUCAGGCGCCGGGAAACCAUCUCAGCAUACCAAGAUCCCGCCGUGACAGCUUCCCCUCUGCGCUCGCUCAGCCGUCGAACCACCCUUCGCCGGAAAACCACCCCAAUAUUCCCAGAUCCCGCCGUGAAAUCUAUCCCUCAAUGCUCCCUAUGCCGGAAUCCAAUAUUCCCAAUCUUGAUCACUAUAGGAGUAUGAAUCACAUCACCGUCUCCCCAAACCCUAAUGUUGUUCCUGUAAACCCUAGUUUUCGUGAUUUUGUCCGGGACCCAUCUUUUCUUGGUGACGAAUUCUCUUGUAUGACCCUCUCGGACGACCAGUCAUCUCUCCGAUCUCCGGCUGUGAACUCAUCUUCUCUCCUCUGGAACCACUCGAUCGGCAGAGAGCUUUUCACUAAUCUGUAUCCACAGUCACAGCACAACAUUACUGAAAUGGAUUUGCAGAGGCUAAGAGUUCAAUAUGCUGUGAGUGGUAUGAAUCCUCAAUCCUACAAUCAUCUUCCAUUGCCAAGAGAUGAGGCGGCUCGUUUCGAUCUGAUCAAUCACAGCACAAACAAUGGAGGCAAUGGUGGUUUUGGUGAUUAUGGAGGACUACCAAACAAUGGAGUCAGUUACAGAAUAUUACCAAACAAUGGAGGCAAUGGUUUUAGUACUUACGAAUGGCAAAAUCAUGGAGGCAAUGGUUUUGCUCAGGGAAUAUUACCAAACAAUGGAGGCAAUGGUUUAAGUUAUGAAUGGCAAAAUCAUGGAGGCAAUGGUUUUGCUCAGGGAAUAUUACCAAACAAUGGAGGAAAUACUAGUUUUGCAUUACCAAACAAUGGAGGAAAUGGUUAUGACUAUGAAGCACAAAAUUACGGAGGGAACGGUUUAUCAAAUGAUGGUUUUGCUCAUGGAUUGCCGAACAAUGAAGGCGAUGCUUUGAGACAUGGGGUUUCAAGAAAUGUAAAUAAUAGGAAUAAUAAUUCCUUGGUGCUUGAUUCGGGAUUUCAGCAGAGGAGGAGGUCCAUGAAUGGCUUUGAGACCGAGAAUUCGCAAGCUGUGUAUGAUAAUAGCCCUCUUUAUAGGUCAAGGCAGUGUCAGCUGAGUCAAUGGGGGUCGGUGGUGUCGCUGGAGGAGCUGAAAGGUAGGGUUUUGGAGAUGGCAAAGAACCAGCAGGGCUGCCGCUGGCUGCAGAAGAAGUUUGAGGAGGGGAAUCCUGACGACAUCCAGAUGAUUUUCUUGGAGGUGAAAGAUUAUGUCACAGACCUCAUGAAGGACAAUUUUGGGAAUUACUUCAUGCAGAAGUUUUUUGAGGUUUGCAAUGAACAACAGAUUACUCAGAUACUUGUCUCCGUGAUUCGCAACGAGUGUCAGUUUAGGACUAUAUGUCUUGAUACACAUGGGUAUGGUGGUGAUUCAAUUCUUUGUUAA